GGCUCAUUCAGCAGACUGGACUCGACGUCGACUUCCGCGUUCCCAGUGCCGAACUGCUGCAGCUCUUGAUUUCCAAAAAAAUGUUUGCCGAAGCACGGGCCUGGGCCAAGAAUGGCCUGAAUGGUGUUGCGGGAGAUACCGUGGUCUUCGAGGAAGUCACAGGAAUGAUUGUGGAAUUCCGGCAGGGAGCCUGGUGGAACGUACUCUCAGAGAGGGUGCAGCUUUGGCACAAGUGUUUCGACGCUUUCAUGAGCCAGUGCAGUCCACCCAGCGGCUCAGCCAACUUCUUCCUGGACAUUGCGGCCAAACUCGAGCCUGACCUUUAUGCACGAGAACAGUUGGUCUUGUUGGCCAUUGCACGGGAGCUGCUCUUGACAUCGCAGGACAAAGGAUCACAUGAAGAACAGCUGGGCCAGUUGAAGGUGGGUCUGUUGUUGAUCCUCACCGGCACCACUCCUGACUUGACGGCUGACCUGGAAUUAUCACCGCUGGACCUGUCCUACAAGACCAUCUGCUCCCUAGUGAAGCGCGUCCCCGAGCAGGUGAAGGCUUUACCCCUUCAGGGGGAGGGGGCACUGAUCGACAUCAAAGCGAAGUCUUCCUUCGGUGCCAGUGGCAAGGAUGGUACAGCAGGAUCUGUGCUUUCACCGCAGGGAGGUCCUCGGAGUGAGUUGGUUUCUUUCCUGGAGACUGGCAUCAGUUCGCUGAUCAAUUGCGAUGAGCUAUCGCUGGCUGAUCAAGUGGCAUCAGGUUUCGGCUUCGAAAGCUCGGACCAAAAGCUGGCCAUGACUUUGGCAUCCGUGGCCGGCGGAAAGCACCUGCAAGCCGUCCGGGUCUCUCCACUGGAGCCCAGUGAAGCUGCUGUAGCUGCAGCGGAGUCAGGGGAUGCUGAACCUCUACUGAAGGAACUGGGCUCGCACUGCUCCUCACGCAUCGCCUUGUACUGUCGCAGAUGCAUGAUGUUCUACUUGGUCUCCAGAAGCAUUGAGAUGGACUACCAAGAGGGUGGCCAGAUGCUCGAUGUUUUCCCAGUUUUCCGAAGUCCCAAGUGGGCCACCGCCAAGGUCAAAAAGGUCGAACCCACCCGGCUGCUCUCGCUACUCCUGAGCCCACAGCCAUACGUGGCUGACUUCGAGCUUUGUAGGAAUCUCAUCACCUGCUUCUCGCGGCCGCUGGAUGCAAGCGCAGUGGCUGAGGUGCUGGCGAAUGCUUUUGUGGAAUCGAUGCUGUCGAAUGGCGUCAUGCCAUGGACAGACGAGAAGUUGGACGAAUUCGUGGGGCUGUUGAGUCCGUCGCAGGAGCUCCUAGGCAACGCGGCUUUGUUCUGGAUUCCAAGCUUCAGGAGGGACAUCAAGGUCGACUACGCAUCUCAAAUUGCCCAACAAGUCUUGGACCCGGAGACAGAAGUGGAAGUGCUGGUGAUGGCGUACCAUUCCUACGUGCAGGGAUGUUGUGAGCGAUCCGUGAGUGAGCUACUGGCCUUCCUCCAUUCCCGAGCUGAGAUGUAUGUGAAUCGGGGACACUUUCACCUCUUGGUUCGGCUGUUGGUGGCAAUUCCGGAGUACCAUGCUAUGGAAUACAUGUUCGGCUUGUUGGUCAGACAUGGGCAGUUGCAGCUGCUGCUUUCGGAAGGCAAACGUACCUGGCAGGACGCAGCCUGCAAGACGUAUGGUCAGCAUUCACCAUUGGCAGUGGCAUUGAUCAGGUAUUUGCACGCCCACUUCCCACUUGAUUUGGAGGUUCAAGUCCAAGUACACUGCUGUUUCGGGAUGGAAGCCGAAUUGGCCGAGCUAUUGGAAACAAAGGCCGGGGAAAUCGCAGAGCGCUUAGGUCGCAAGUGGACAGACAUUUGCUCUGAGGAAGGAGAGGAGCAACUGAUCCUGUGCUUAUCUAUGUACUUGCAAUGUGCUCGUCUCUUCUUGAAGGGCAAGCGACAUCAACGCCACCUCAUUGCGAAUGAGCGUGCCACGUUGAUCUGUUUGCAACUGAAGGCGGUGCAAAUUCACCUGGCAGCCUCCUUACAUGAGCAGCAAAAUGCCGCUGCAGCAGGGCAGGAGACAAUGGACUGGGCGGAUGUGCCUGCGGAUGGUCCGGAAGCCCUGGCGGAUGCCUUGCUGGAUGCCACGGGCCGACAAAAGGGUUGGGCUGAUGCUGUCACAGCUUCCGCAUCCACCGUUGAGGGGAACGACCAAGAUCAAGAUGAGGGUGUCAAGGAGGCGGAAGCACCAGGCAUUGUGGCUAAAGGAUUUGAGGGAAAGAUCACUUCCGAGCCCGCCGCCACACCAAGCCUUUCCCUUGGACCAGCCGGCGACGUUUUCGUAGUGAUCAAUCUGAUGCAGAAGGAGGUUGAGGUGUUCGCUGAGUACCACCAAGACUUCAUUGCCACCUUUGAAGUUGUCAGCGCCUAUCGCCACAUCUACGACGGAUUAUCCAAAGUCUGGCCCAAGGCCCUGUAUCGACAGGUGGUUCUGUUGGGGAAUCGCUCCUAUUUGCAACUCUUCCUCGAACACUUGCCACUCACGAAGGACUGGUUGCAUGCCAUCGUCCAGCUCUGCCUGGAUGAGCCAUGCCCUGAACAGUUCCCGGCGCAGAUGAUGCGCAUGAAGCAGUUCCUGAGAGAAGGUGUCCCCAACUUGGAGACGCGGUACCAACUGGCCCGGGAGCUUGGCUCGGGCUUCACGGACAUUGCCAUUGAAACGGCAUCCUCGGUCUACAUGACAUAGCCGGCAGAUCCAAACGAAGGUGGAUGUCAGAGGUGAAGCGCGAACUCGUCGUGAAUCUUGUGAGGCGAAGAUGGUCAGUUCCCUUGAGCCCGAUGGAUCCGUACACCCCAGCAACUCGAGACACGCUCAAGUUGGCCGUGCCAAGCAGCGAACAUGCUGCUGAAUGGUGGUGCAAAA